ACCAGAGCAGGAAAUAGCAGCAAAGGAAGUAAAAGAAAACGAGUGGAAGAAACUUCCUAACACCUUCCAGAUCACAGUAAUCGAGGUCAAAGAUGGUGGGUCUGGUUCUAGUACAAACCAACCAAUUAUAAAACACUGGACAGAACCAGCCACCGGUGGCCAUGGAGUCAAAGCCACGCUGCUGAAGAAUCAGAUGUUGUUUUUCUCUCUUCAAUUUAGACGAAUUAAACCUCUCUGUUCCUUCCUUAUUGCGCAUGUUUUUUUGUUUUUGCUAAUAGUAGAACAACUGGAAACCUAAUUGCACAGUAUUCCAUCAGAUCGACGACUAGGAGGAGACUGAUUCUUUCUAUAUUCGCAGCUCAGCCGCUGACUGUUCUUUUUACGGUUCUCUCUGUGUGUGUGAUGUUCCCGUUCUUCUUGCCCUUUGUUGUGGUUUGAUUUCUGCGCUGAACUUCAAGCUGAAGCAAGAUCUGGAGUUUUUGUUUUUUUUUUCCUUAAUAGCUGUAGAUCUUGAAGUUGAAGGUCAGAAGGUAAUAGAAUAGAGAUGGAAAGUUAUUUGAAUGAGAAUUUCGGCGACGUGAAGCCGAAGAACUCAUCGGAAGAAGCGCUUCAGAGAUGGAGGCGGCUUUGCUGGCUGGUCAAGAAUCGGAAACGGAGGUUUCGAUUUACUGCCAAUCUCUCUAAACGAUUUGAGGCCGAUGCUAUUAGACGCUCAAAUCAGGAGAAGUUCAGAGUUGCAGUUUUAGUUUCACAAGCAGCGCUUCAGUUCAUCAAUGGGUUGGAUUUGUCUCCUGAUUACGUUGUGCCUGAAGAGGUCAGACAAGCAGGUUUUGAAAUUUGUGCAGAUGAAGCAGGCUCCAUUGUUGACGGCCAUGACCUGAAGAAGCUGAAGAUUCAUGGGGGUGCUGAGGGUAUUGCAAUUAAGCUCGCCACGUCAAUGGAGACGGGAAUUCCUACUACGGACCAUUUGAUCCAGAAAAGAAAAGACAUUUAUGGAAUUAACAAAUUUACCGAAAGCCCACCUCGAGGAUUUUGGCUUUUUGUUUGGGAAGCUCUCCAGGAUACGACUCUAAUGAUACUCGCUUUCUGUGCUGUUGUUUCCCUUCUUGUUGGCAUAGUGAUGGAAGGAUGGCCGAAGGGUGCUCAUGAUGGGCUCGGCAUUGUUGCGAGUAUCUUGCUUGUUGUAUUUGUCACUGCCACCAGUGACUAUAGGCAAUCGCUUCAGUUCAAGGAUUUGGACAGGGAAAAGAAGAAAAUUGCAGUUCAGGUUACCAGAAAUGGGUUGAGACAAAAGAUUUCUAUAUACGAACUUCUUCCUGGUGAUAUUGUUCAUCUUGCCAUGGGUGAUCAGGUACCAGCAGAUGGACUUUUCGUUUCGGGGUACUCUCUUCUGAUAAAUGAAUCCAGUUUAACAGGUGAGAGCGAGCCAGUUAACGUAAAUUCUCAACAUCCUUUCCUCUUGUCCGGAACAAAGGUUCAGGAUGGUUCGUGUAAGAUGGUUGUGACUUCUGUUGGCAUGAGAACCCAAUGGGGAAAGCUGAUGGCCACUCUUAGCGAAGGAGGAGAUGAUGAGACUCCUUUGCAGGUAAAGCUCAAUGGGGUGGCGACAAUUAUUGGUAAAAUAGGCCUGUUUUUUGCUGUCAUAACUUUCGCUAUAUUGGUUCAAGGAUUGUUCAGUCGCAAGCUAGAAGAAGGGUCUUACUUCAACUGGUCCGGAGAUGAAGCAAGGGAAGUUUUGGAAUUCUUUGCUGUCGCCGUAACUAUUGUUGUGGUUGCUGUGCCUGAAGGGCUGCCUUUGGCGGUAACACUGAGUCUUGCUUUUGCAAUGAAAAAGAUGAUGAACGAUAAGGCACUUGUCAGGCACUUAGCUGCUUGUGAGACGAUGGGAUCAGCUACUACUAUUUGUAGUGACAAAACUGGGACCUUGACAACUAACCACAUGACUGUUGUGAAAGCAUGCAUCUGCAGCAAGGUGAAGGAAGUUAGCAAUUCUAGCAAGUGUUCCGAUUAUCGUUCAGAGCUUCCCGAUUCCGCUGUUGGUAUUUUGCUGCAAUCGAUAUUUAACAACACUGGCGGAGAAAUCGUCAAGAACAAAGAUGGCAAGAAUGAGACACUUGGGACGCCCACCGAGUCUGCGCUUCUGGAAUUCGGCCUUCUGCUUGGUGGGGAUUUCCAAGAAGAACGACAAAAGUCCAAAAUCGCAAGAGUCGAACCCUUCAAUUCUGUGAAGAAACGAAUGGGGGUUGUUCUGGAGCUCCCAGCUGGUGGCUUCCGCGCGCACAGCAAAGGUGCUUCAGAGAUCGUUUUAGCUUCAUGUGACAAAGUUCUUGACUGGAACGGUGAGGCAGUUCCUCUCAAUGAAGAGUCCAACAACUUUUUGAAGGAAACCAUCGAAGAAUUUGCGGGCGAAGCUCUUCGAACUUUGUGCUUGGCUUACAUGGACAUUGAAGGCGAGUAUAGCUCUGAAAGUCCGAUUCCCGCUAGUGGCUACACAUGCAUAGGAAUUGUUGGUAUCAAAGAUCCCGUUCGUCCGGGAGUCAAGGAGUCCGUUGCAAUUUGCAAGGCCGCCGGUAUAACCGUACGGAUGGUUACGGGAGAUAACAUCACCACCGCCAAAGCAAUUGCUAGGGAAUGUGGGAUUUUGACUGAUGAUGGUAUAGCAAUUGAAGGUCCUGAAUUCAGGGAGAAGAAGGAGGAAGAAUUGAGUGAAAUAGUACCAAAAAUUCAGGUUAUGGCUCGAUCUUCGCCAAUGGACAAACAUACUCUUGUAAAGCACUUGCGAACCACUUUUCAAGAGGUCGUUGCAGUUACUGGGGAUGGAACAAAUGAUGCUCCGGCGCUCCACGAAGCAGAUAUUGGAUUAGCUAUGGGCAUUGCUGGAACUGAGGUGGCAAAAGAGAGUGCUGAUGUAAUAAUUCUUGACGACAACUUCUCUACGAUUGCAACUGUUGCCAAAUGGGGGCGUUCAGUCUACAUAAAUAUCCAAAAGUUCGUCCAGUUUCAGCUAACGGUGAAUGUGGUUGCACUUCUCGUCAAUUUUUCUUCAGCUUGUUUGACAGGAAAUGCUCCCCUCACUGCUGUGCAAUUGCUUUGGGUCAACAUGAUAAUGGACACACUCGGAGCACUUGCAUUGGCAACUGAGCCUCCUACUGAUGACUUGAUGAAGAGAUUGCCAGUUGGUCGGAAAGGGAAUUUCAUUAGCAAUGUGAUGUGGAGAAAUAUCUUAGGGCAGUCAUUAUAUCAGUUUAUAAUAGUUUGGUAUCUCCAGACGAGAGGACAAGCUCUUUUUCAUCUUGAUGGCCCAGAUUCUGGAUUGAUACUGAAUACACUAAUUUUCAAUGCCUUCGUCUUUUGUCAGGUUUUCAAUGAGAUAAGCUCAAGAGACAUGGAAAAGAUAAACGUGUUUGAAGGAAUAUUGAAGAACUACGUCUUUGUGGCAGUUCUCGCUUGCACUGUCCUUUUCCAGAUCGUAAUCGUCCAAUUCCUGGGAACAUUUGCAAACACCUAUCCUCUAAACUUACAGCAAUGGUUUGUCACUGUGUUAUUUGGAUUCCUUGGCAUGCCAAUUGCAGCAGCUUUGAAGAUGAUUCCGGUUGGAUCAGACUGAAAACAGUUUCUUCUUAACUCUAAAAGUUUAGAGCAGAAAACUCAUUUUCUUUUCCCAAUUUUUUUGGGGUCAUCUCCUCACGAAUUUGAAUUACACUUCAAUCAGUUAGACAAGCUACCAAAAACUUGAGGUAAGGAUAACCUUGUGCAGAAGAAGUUGAUCUUUCCUGUAUAUUUUUAGCCCCUCUCAAAAGUUGCCUACCAACGACUUAUUUUUCUUUUUUUCUUUUACUUUUCCUUUUUAAAAGGAAGCUGUUAUAGGACAUCAGUUUUGGAUCAUUAAAGGUCCUCUCAAUAUGCUUGUAUUUAUAACUCAUUUCUUUUGAUUUAUUGCUUAGUAUUUUGUUAGAACA